ACGCAAACCGUGCCACGCCCUCACGUUUGUAAGCUCAUAUAAAAGUUACUCGGACUCUGCCAACAUUAUCAUUUAACGAGUGAAUAUCCUAUAAUCUCGACGCAAUGGCAGCUAAGUUGGUCGUAGUGCUCGCAGCCGUGGUUGCCGUGGCCCACAGCUCAGUGGUGCCAGUAGCCCGAGCAGACGCCGACUACACGAGCUUCGCGUACGACGUCGCGGAUCCCAACACCGGCGACUACAAGAGCCAGGUGGAGACCCGCGUCGGCAGCAACGUGCAGGGACAGUACUCGCUGCUCGACGCCGACGGCACCAGGCGCACUGUUGACUACGCCGCCGAUGACGUCAACGGAUUCAACGCCGUCGUGCGCAAAGACCCCGCUGUUGUCGCUGCGCCCGUAGUCGCCGCUGCGCCCGCUGUAGCCGCUGCGCCCGCUGUGGUUGCCGCCCGCACUAUCGCCGCUCCCGCUGUGGUUGCUGCACGAACCGUCGCCGUUCCCGCCGUGCUGGCGGCUCCUUCUGUAGUCGCCGCACGUACAUACGCUGCCCCAUCUGUCUACGCCGCUCCUUCAGUCUACAACACAGUCGCUGCCGGCCCUGCAGUUAUUGCUGGACGUUCUGUAGUUUCCCCUUACGCAUCCUACUCUGCCCCUGUGUCGUAUUGGUAAACUGUAAAUAGUGUUGGAACUUUUAUCGAUCGACUAUGACUUGUUCUAUAUCGUAAUGAUCGAAUGUUGAGUACUGUUACCUGAAAAUAAAUAAAACAUAAAAUCAAAAACUCUU